GGCUACGCGGCAUUUUUACAGCAGCCACUCAAAGUUGGAAAAAGGGGAAGGCAGGAGAAUGUUGACGCUACUAUUAUUCUUUAUAACUGUGAUUCUAUGCUUGGUUCUUCUCUUUCUGAAACUGUUCAGAAAACACAAAGACCAUCCCCCAGGACCUUCUUCAAUUUCUUUGCUAAAAAGAAUGCUGUUGGAAAGGAGUAUCUUGUCUGAGAAGACAUUAAUGGAGCUGGCACAUCAAUAUGGGAAAAUUUACUCUCUGUGGCAAGGGAAUGAUCAUAUUGUAGUCUUCUCUGGAUACAAAAUUGUGAAAGAAACAUUAAUUGACCAUUCAGAUGACUUUGUUGAUCGCCCAUUCACACAUUUCCUUGUGACUAUCACCAACAAACGGGGUAUUGCGUUUUCAAACGGCCACACCUGGUUGCAGCAAAGACAAGUGAGUGUUGUUACCAUGAGGAAAUUAGGCCUGGGGAAAAAAGGCCUGGAAUGCCAAAUACAAGCAGAGGUCGAGAGGUUUUUGGAAGACCUUAGAGGUAAACAAGGACAGCCAUUUGAUCCGUCACUGUACGUUCAGCUUUCAGUUUGCAACGUGAUCUGUGCUUUAUCAUUUGGGCAUUGCUUUUCCAUUGAAGACAAGGAGUUUCUGGAAUUGCUGGAAUCCAUGCACAUUCUUACAAAAUAUUUAGUCAGCUUCUCCCACAUUAUUUAUGGAUUCUUUCCAUUUAUCAUGAAAUAUAUCCCAGGGUCUCACCAGAAAACCCUCUCUGCAGUGGACAAUAUAAUCGGUACUAUAAAGAAGGAGCUCACACAACAUAAGGAGAAUCAGAACCUGCACGAGCCACAGGAUUUCAUUGAUUAUUAUUUGCUUCAAAUGGAGAAAAGCAAGAAUGAUCCAAAUUCUACAUACGAUGAAGACAACCUGGUUCACUGUAUUGCUGACCUCUUGAUUGCUGGGACAGACUCAACAUCUGGUUCUCUACAAUGGGCAUUGCUACUCAUGGCAACUCAUCUGGAUAUUCAAGACAAGGUCCACAAGGAACUAGAAGAAGUCUUAGCUUCAUCUCGCUCCAUCAAUUACGGAGAUCGAAAGAAUCUGCCCUACACCAAUGCUGUGAUUCAUGAGAUCAUGAGAAGCAAAUACAUCUCAUUAUUUGGAAUACCAAGACAAUGCGCAAAGGAUAUUUACCUCAAUGGGGUUCUCAUUCCCAAGGGAGCUAUUGUUUUACCAGAUCUGCGCUCUGUUCUUCUUGAUUCUGAACAAUGGGAGACUCCUGAACAAUUCAACCCCAAUCAUUUUCUGGACAAAGAAGGGCAUUUUGUGACAAAAGAAGCAUUUCUCCCAUUUGGAGCAGGUGCUCGGAUUUGUUUGGGGGAACUCUUUGCAAGGAUUGAAUUCUUCAUUACGUUCACCAGUCUGCUGAGGGCAUUUAGGUUACAGCCCCCAGAAGGAGUGGAGAAGCUCAGUGAAGAACCCAUCAUAGGAAUGACAGUGUACCCGUCUCCAUUCAAGAUCUGUUUUGUUCCUCGCUCUGGUACAUCACAGUAGGGAAAAACAACAAAAAAGUUUCACCUGUUUCUGAACCUAUUGCUUUUUCUUCUGUUUCAACAAAUUGUCACACCACUGUUGAACACAUUAUAUCAAUUGUUCUCAUAAGAGGUUGAGCCUGUAGUACAGUGGACUAAAGCACUGUUAUUAAGAACUGCUGCUUGCAAUUACUGCAAGUUCGAAUCUCACCAGGCUCAAGGUUGACUCAGCCUUCCAUCCUUUCUAAGGUAGGUGAAAUGAGGACCCAGAUUGUGGGGGCAAUAAACUGACUUUGUGUAAAUAUACAAAAGUAUGAAGGCUAUUGCUUAACGCAUUGUAAGCCGCCCUGAGUCUCCGGAGAAGGGCGGCAUAUAAAUUAAAGCAAAAAAAAAAAAUUCGAAUUGGGAUUGGAAAUAAACAGCCUGUAAAAGUGAGAAAAUAUUGGCGUCAUAUUGUUAAAAAAAUAUACAGUUAAAAGGGAGCAUUGGAUGACUAAUGUUCACUAUAUAUAUAAAUUUAGUUGUUAUAUAAUAGCUUCCAAUAUAAUGAGGAAACAAGCAGACGUAAUGUAAUGAAGCGGGCUCUGAUAGAUGACCACUGGAUAACUUUCUAUUCACUCUAUUCUAAAAAGCAAUGCAUCCGGUUGGAAAAGUACAAACUCAGCCAAAAUCCUUUUGGUUCCUCUAGGAGGCCUCUAAGUUGUCAGAAGAAAGGAUCAUUCUAAUGACAUACAGCUUAAAGGUUGGUUAGGUCAAGGGGAUCCACAUGAGUUAAAAGUUGUCUAUCGUCAGAAGAUGAUUUGAAUCUAUGCUUCAGUAAUCUACAAAAAAGAAUUAUAACUGUUUUGCAAAGAAACUCUGUAAUUAGGAAAUGUCAAUUAAAAAUGAUAAAUGUAUAUGACCAUAUGAAUUGCUGAGUUAACAGAAUCCUUUGUCUAGAAGGGUAUAAAACCAUUGUACCUAAUUUCUGUCUUUGUUCAACGCUUCAUGUACAGAGCUUUGAACCUAUUGCGCAAUAUAUAAAUUUGUCUCUGAUUAAUCCAAAA